CUCUCUCUAACCCACAAUCCUCCCAACCUAUCUCUCUCUCUCUCUAACCCAAGGUCUCUCUCUCUCUAAACCCUUGGCUCUAAGACCCACACAUGUGCACAGACCUUCGUGCUUGGGUUGGGUGAACCCUUGGGCUCUCUCUCUAAAUCUCUCUCUCUCUCUAAGUUUCGAUUUCGGAUUUUGGCAGAGGCUGUUACAAAGUACAGCAAGCUACAAAAAAAAAUUCCAGCUAGAGAGAGAAGCAAGCGCGCGAACCCAACCGUAACUGCCACUCGCAAAUGCUCUCUCUCCCUCCCUCUUCUCCCUUUUAGAGAGAGAAACCUUCAUUUUUUAGGGUGGGAAAAUCAAAUCUCCCCUUAUUCCGGGAAACUGUUAUUGGUGGUUACUCUGGUUCGAGUUCCGGCAGCUGCUGUCUCUUUCUCUAGUUUUAGAGAGAGAAAGACUCGUCUGUUAGAGUUUCUCUCUCCCUUUCUUGUAGAGAGAGAAAAUCCGGUUGGUUUAUAAAUGGCUGGUUGGUCCAUUUGGGACCAUGGUGCGGUUCCUGUUUCAGGGAAGCGUUUUCGUGGGCCUAUUCAGGAACACAGAGAAAACCCAGAGACAAGAAUUAACUUCACUGGUUUAUUUAACCACAUUUUGCAUUCAUGCUCAGAGAGACAGAGACCCCCAAUCUCUGGUUUUCAUGGAAAUGAGAGCUUUCCAUCUCAGAAUGGAUAUGUUAACACUAUAUAUGAGAUAGAAUCAGGUGUUUUAGGGCAUUUGACCCCUGAUAUUGGGAACCCAUUUCCAUUUUCUAGCGAGACAAAACAUGGGUCUUCAUCAAACGCUGGUGCUCUUAACCCAUUCUCUAGUGAGAGAAAGCUUGAAUCACCAUUGGAUAACUAUUUAUCGAACCCCUGUUCUAGUGAGAUAAACUGUGAGUCGUUGAUGAAAACUCGUUCAAGUGGGAGAAAGCGAGAAGCACAAUUGAGUUCUGAUUCUCCAAACCCGUUUUCUAGUGAGAGAAACCAAGAAUCGACUUUGAAUUUAAUUCAUUGGCUGAGAAAAGUUGCAGAGAAUCCCUGUGACCCUUCAUCGGAUCAAAAACAAGGAUGGUAUGGAGAAUUAUUGGCUCAAAACUUGAGGGCUCGAGAGGCAUUAUUUCUCAACAUUCAGAAUGCUUCUUGUGUAGAAGAAUAUCCUUAUCAGAAAAAGGCAGCGAAAUCAAGCAGGCGUGCCAUCCCACCAUCCACCAGAAGCCAACGUGAUUAUCUCUCUCAACCUUCUUCCUUACUUUCUUCAACUAAACCCGACCAACCUAACCAAUCAGUUCAAAGAUCACAGAGGCUCAUGACUUACCUAAAAAUCAACAGCGACAAGCCUAGGAAGCGUGUCCCUGUGGACCCAUUCUUCCAAGCUGACGUGCCCGAAUGGACCGAGCCAUCUCGGAAACGGGCACGUUCAACUAAUGAACAGAACACACUUGAUGACUCGAGGUGGUUGGGUACUCGAGUUUGGCCCAUAGAAGGCUUAAACUUAACUAUAGAUCAAGGUUUGAUUGGAAAAGGUCGACCUGAUAGAUGCUCGUGCACUCAGCCCGGAUCAGUUCAGUGCGCUCGGGUUCAUGUGGCUGAGUCAAGGCAAAGGCUAAGGAGCGAGUUGGGUCCAGCCUUUGACAAAUGGGGCUUUAAUGAUAUGGGUGAGGAGGUCGCAAUGAAUUGGACCCUUAAAGACGAGCAAAGCUUCACCAGCCUCGUGAGGCUUAACCCAAUUUCUAAGAAAAAGAGGUUUUGGAUGCCUCUGGUCAUGAGAUUUUAUGAUAAGACUAAAGAGAGCCUGGUUAGCUACUACUUCAAUGUAUUUGUUUUGAGGAGGAUGAGCUUUCAAACUAGAAUGGCCUAUGGAAAAGUUGACAGUGAUGAUGAUGAAGGUGGAGUUAGAGACUUACAGAGGGCAAUUUUGUCGGAGUCUUAUGUGCAGAGAGGGGUGCCUUAGAUUUGGGUUCAGUAAAAUGGGGUGGUGUAACUAAAUUUUAGCUUGAAACUACAGUUUGUGCCAGAGAGAAGGUGUUUCUGGACUUGGUGGAUGGCAGAAUUGGUGUUUUAUGGGAAACGUUAGUUGGACCUGAUUAGCUUUCGAUCCAAACAGGUGUCCUGAGAAGUGACAGUGUCUAAUCUCAGUGACCUGAGAGGUUGCACUUGCAGUGUCAAAUCUCGGAUCUCUCUCUCUCUCUCUCUCUCUCUCUCUCUCUCAGUUUGUCGUUGCAUUUUGAAUAGAGGAAGUUCUUGGGAAUCAGUGGCUCGUUUUAGAGACAUGAAAAGACAUUAUAGCUUGUAGAUCGAGAUAGGUGUACUUGGUUCCUGUUGUUUUAAGCUUCUGUUUACAUAUUUUGGAGGUACAGGGUGAAUUCACUUUUUCAUUCUUUUCUAUCUUUUAAGACAUUGGUGAGCCCUUCAUAUUGUAGAAAGAGAAACUGAGGCAAAUGAAGGAGAAACGUUGUUGUAGCCA